UCUCCUGCCUACCGAAAGGUCCUUGCGACCAGUUGUGUCCUGUGCUAUGUGAAGGAUGAGCGAGUCGCCGAAAAUCGACGUCGUCAGCGAAGACGAAGGGGAGUCGAAAAGGUGCGACACCAGGCCCCAGGGCGCCUUCACCAGUUUUUCGAUUUCAAGCAUACUUAGCAAAGAGUCAAAAACGCACAAAGAUGCCUCCUCGCAGCAUCUGGUUGAGCCUUUGGCUAUGCAGCACCAUUCCGCUGAUCCAGCCAUGCUCUCAAGGCUAGGCCUCAUGGGUCACCUCGGAGCGUUACCGUUGUUAUUUCCAAGCCACCACCCGUCCAGUCCAUCUUUGGAUAAACCAUGGUACAGUGCGGCAGUCGCAGCCGCCGCUUGGGCCAGAGUUCAGCCACCUCCGAUCAGCCCCACCGGUGGUUCGACAACGACAAACGAAGAAACGAGCCGACCUUCCACCCCGCAUUCUGUCGGUGCAGGGACGUCAAAUGCGACAGGCGGAGAAAGACAGGGUGGAAGCCCAGUAUCGUCCGGCCCGGAAGAGGUCUCCCCCAACGUGCCGGUUCUCUCCUACCAACACAGGGACUUUCUCCCAAAAUACUCCAGCCAGGACGACGCCCAGGACGACGAAAUACAAGAAGAAGAAGACGACAAAGAAGACAAGAAAGAAAACCCGGGUAACAAGAGGAAGAAAAAGACAAGGACCGUCUUCUCCCGGAGUCAAGUCUUCCAACUAGAAUCCACAUUCGACAUGAAGAGGUACCUUUCCAGUUCGGAAAGGGCAGGCCUCGCCGCAUCCCUCCACCUCACAGAGACCCAGGUCAAAAUAUGGUUCCAGAACAGGAGGAACAAGUGGAAAAGACAGCUCGCGGCCGAGCUCGAGGCUGCAAACAUGGCUCAUGCUGCACAGAGGCUUGUACGAGUCCCUAUCCUGUACCACGAAGGAGCCAACAUUCACCACUUAAGUACAUCCGGUGCGACGCCAUCCUCGGUGACGACCAGCCAGUCUUCGUCCCCUUACCCGCUCUAUUACCCUCAUCCGCAAACCCUCCCUGCGAGCCCUGUCGUGUCCAGGGCACCCCUUCCAGGGCUGGUCUGAGAAACGAUCCCCACAAAUGGGGAGAACACAUAGCGCGCUUAGAUUGUAGAAUGGGCGCCCUGUUUAUCUUCUAGUCAUUAUCCAAAUGGGGAUGUUGUAAAUAGGAAAUAAAGCACAAUUUCCUUCCUUCGGUGAAAAGUUCAUUCCUUCGCACACAGGAUAUCAAAGGCUGUUUGAGGACCUCCGAGAAUAAAGUCUGAUAAACGCAACUACUCGUAUCAGAAUCAAGAAAACAUUGUUCAACAAUCACCAGUUUAAAAACAAGAAAUAAACACUAAUUUUUUAAAUUGAAUAAUCAAAUUAUCUUAUGCGUAUAAAUCUUUAGUUAUAUAAUAUUGAUUACUUCUGUUUACUCGGGUCAGGACCCCGGGGACUUUAGACAUGCCAACAAUCAAUGUUAUCCUUAUAACGCUCAUCAAUGGAAGUUAGCCUUAGAAAUUUUUUUUAAAUUAAUUCAACUUGUACUGAAUAUUUCGCACUUACAGAAAGCAAUAAUAAUAAAUAGAAAAUUGUUUACUGCACAAUGCAAAUUAACGAAAUCUCAAAAUGAAAUGCUCUUGGAUAAACCAACUUUCGCGCACUUUCUACUGAGUUUCAUUUCUUUCCCAAACAAAUGUUACAUUUUUAAAGAUUUUUGAAUUUAUGGAUUAUAUAAAAAUUAAUGUU